UGCAAUACAAGAAAAUAUAAGGAAAUGUUUUGACAUUAAAAGUAAAGUUAUUUUUAUGACAUUUUUAAUUGCAUUUUGUUAUCAUUUCAUAGUAUUUAUGACAAUAUCUAAUAAGAUAUGACUUAUAAUCCGUUGAUCCCAUACUGCGAUCGCAUUAGUCAUCCGUUAGGGACGGGAACACUGAUCCGCAUCGCCGGCACUCCGAGUCCGUCGUGUCGUUGUUUCGCCAUUAACUUGCAAUGCGGGCCAUCCGUUAACCCGCGCGACGACAUCGCCCUCCACUUGAGCCCUGUCUUCACUCCA